AUGCUUUAUUCAACAGCUGUUAUUACUGGAUUACUUGUUAUUUCUGCUACUGCAUCGCCUCAAUUUCCACCUGGACAAAUGGGAGGUGGUGGACAUGGCGGUAUGGGUGCUCCUGGUGGUAUGGGAGGUGCUCCUGGAGGUAUGGGAGGCGGACCCCCUGGCGGUAUGGGAGGUGCUCCUGGAGGUAUGGGAGGAGGACCUCCUGGCGGUAUGGGAGGUGCUCCUGGUGGUAUGGGAGGUGCUCCUGGCGGUAUGGGAGGCGGACCUCCUGGCGGCAUGGGAGGUGCUCCUGGAGGUAUGGGAGGUGCUCCUGGCGGUAUGGGAGGUGCUCCUGGCGGUAUGGGAGGUGCUCCUCCUGGCGGUAUGGGAGGUGCUGGCCAACCAAUGAACAUGGGCGGUGGUGCUGGACCUAUGGGUAACACUGGCGCUCCUCCUGGCGGUAUGGGAGGACCUCCUGGAGGUAUGGGAGGUGCUCCUGGAGGUAUGGGAGGACCUCCUGGAGGUAUGGGAGGUGCUCCUGGAGGUAUGGGAGGUGCUCCUGGCGGUAUGGGUGCUCCUCCUGGUGGUGCUCCUCCUGGUGGUGUUGGUGCUCCUGGAGCAGGACCUGCACGUUCCACAUUUUCCAACCAUGCAGAAAAUCUCGCUUACACUAAUGCUCUGCUCACUGGAGUUCUUAGCCUUACUGUGGUCGCCAUCACUCUAAUCUAA